AUGAAGUUAGGAACGGCGGCAAGUUAUAACGCCAUACUUCUAUUUUUACAAAUUACAACAAUAAAGGCUGCUCCAGCUCCUCAAGUUGUUACAGUAUGGCAAACGGCAACUCAAGUAAUUAAUACGGAUGGCUCAUUAUACACAUUAUUAGACCCAUCUGCUGCGAGCGGAAAUGCAGUUACAACAUCUUCAACAUCUUCGACUUCUUCAACCGGAGUUUCCAGUAGCCCAGCUGAGACGUCAAGCUCCACAAAUGUGUCGACCGGUAGCUCCAGGUUUAGUUCAUUCUUCAGUUCGAUAGAUAAAUUUUUAAAUGGUCUCAGAGGAGAUUCAAGUUCAGCUUCGAGCUCAAGUGACACAAUUGAAACCAAAACCACUUCUUCAUCAGAUGUGAAUCCAAAUACAGUAACUACAAGUUACACAUCAGCUACAAGCUCAGUGUUAUAUACCCCCACUGAGGCGGAAACGACUUCAUCGACUUCAUCUACGUCAGAAUCAUCUUCAUAUGCCUCGUCAUCAGCGGGCAUUUAUGAUGCCAUUUACGAAAGCCAAGACAUUGAUAAAACCUUCGCAAAAGAUACUCUAGAUGCCCACAAUAAAUAUAGGGCUCUCCAUCAAGUUGGCGAUUUGUCAUGGGAUGUUGACGCUUACAACUAUGCUAAAAGUAAUGCAGACAGCUAUGACUGCUCCGGUGUUUUGACGCAUACUCAUGGUCCAUAUGGCGAAAAUUUAGCUGCAGGUUUCAGCACUGGUCCUUCAGCCGUUGCGGCCUGGUAUGCAGAAGGUGAUUCAUAUAGCUAUACGAGCGCCAACACUUAUGAUCAUUUUACACAGGUAAUCUGGAAAGGAUCGACUAAACUAGGAUGCGCAUACAAGGACUGUUCAGCUGAAGGUUGGAAAAAGUAUGUCAUAUGCUCUUAUGAUCCUCCUGGAAAUGUUAUUGGUAAGAAUAGCCUUAACGUUUUUCCAGAGACCUGA